AUGCCUGCUAUGUUUGAGAACCUUGAAUGGAAGAAUAUUGAAGGAAGCAAUGUAAUGAAUAUUAUGCAUCAUGAUAAUCGUAUAACGGUUGUAUCCACAUAUACCAAAACAGUAGAUUAUACAUUAUCAACAAUGAAAUCAUUCACAAUAAUAGGUGCUUAUACUUGUUGCAAUACAAAUAUCAGUAUCAUUUGUCAUCAUAAUGCUCUCAUCAUUACUGUAAAUUACCUAAGCAGUUUUAAUGAUAAUUGUCUUUUUAGUAGCAAGAUGAUGCUUCAAAAUGGCGGGCAAUGGAUACCAUCCAUUAUUGCUGGUUUAUUUCUGUAUGUUAUGUCAUUUUUCGGAUUAUCAUUUAUUCAUAAUCUUCGUUGA